CUCAGAGUCACUAUUUCGAAGCGAUUGUUUAUGAUUUUAAAGACUGCCUCUUGGCAGCUCCCUAUCUUCUAUAAGAAAACUUCAGUCGCGCAUAUCCAAAAUUUCAAACUGCAUGUGAUAAAAUUUGUUUAAUACGCUCUACACUUUUGAGUGCUUAAGUUCAACACUGGAGACUUGAUAAUAAUAACGAAUAAAUUCGCUAUAUACUCGUAUAUAUAUACAAUACGAAAUACAUAAAUGCAGAUUUGUUUACUAAGUUCCAUUAUCAACAAUCAAGGCGACCUCCGCGAUCUCAGCGACAGCUUGAUAAGCGCCCAUGCAAAGCUCUACUCAGCGCUGCAACUGAGUAUGUAACGAGUUGAGUGUUAUCGCUAGCGUUGGCCGACAUUUCGGUUGUGUGACUUCUCUGACAGACAACAUUUCCUAUUUGAGGGCAUUGUCAAUUCAAAUUUGAAUGUAAACACACAUUUCGCUUUACGACGUCAAAGAAGAACCGCUGCAGGUGUACGAAAACAAAAUGGCCAAGCCUAGUCAACACCUCAAGCUACUGCUUGGCAUAUCAUUGCUGCUGGGACUGCUCGUCAAUUGGGCGUUCGCCUCAACCGCCGAGGAGGGUUUAGGAAAUCGCCGUGAACAAUUGCUCGCCACAAUGAUUGAGGAGUACCUGAAGCUGACCGACUAUGAAUUGGUGCAAAGCAAGGCGCUGGUGCAAGGUGUUUUGGCUGAUGCCGAGGUGCAGCUUAUACACAGUGAUCUCAUGGAGGCCGAGCGUCGCAUUAUGGAGAAUUUCGUGCGGCAAGUCGUCGACAAAGAGCAAGAGGAGCCGCCAGCGCGUAGCAACAUAGCCAACCGUUUGUUUUAUCUGAUUGCAAAGUCGUUGAUUUAUCAGGAAUUCGAAGCAAUUCUUAGGCGGCAUGACACCACAAAUCCGCGACGUAAGUUUAGUCCCGAAAAUUACCUGAUUGAACGUUCCCUGAAGAGGAAUGGGCUGGACGAUUUGCAGCGCAGGGUUACGCGUAAGCAAAUUAAGUUUAUGAGUGAUUUUGUUGAGGAUGUCGACACUUAUUUGGCGCAUUUGACGCCAGAGGAGCGUCAGACUGACGAGGUGGAAGCACAAAAAAUGGUGGAGUGGUCGGCUAAAAUGAAGGCCGAAAGCGAUGUGGAGCUGAGAAUGGAAACUUUUAAAGAUUUUAUGAGAUUUUUCGUUAAAUUUUGAAAUAUAUUAACCUAUAUAUUAUAUUAUCUAAAUUAAAGUUAUCGUAACUGAAUAAUUUUACAUUUAAGAAGCGAAAAAUGUGGAAAUAAGUAUAUUCUCACACCUCUGGCAGAACUUUAAGCACGCCUUUACUUCCUUUCGUGCUUUGUUUUUGCGUUAAACUGUUAUAUAAUAGGUUUCUAGAAGUCCUUAACACUAACUCGGCUGAAGAAUUUUUACAUGAUUGCAACGAAGUUUCUAAUACGCAGAGGAAAAUGCCGGAAACUUUUCAAUAUACAAGAAUAUAUGUAUUUUUAAAUGAUCAGGAUGCCCAGCUGAGUCGAUUUCACCAUGCUCGUCUGUCUGUCUGUAUAUAUGUAAAAUAGUCAGAUAGUUUUUGAGCUAUCGGUCCUUUUUUCCACAAGCAACUGCCCACUAGUCGAAAUCGUCGAUAUUGGACCACUAUAGCAUAUAGCUGCCAUAUAAACUAAACCAUCACAAUCGAGUUACUGUAUGGGAAAUUGUUUUAUUUGACGAAAUAUCUUAAUGAAAUUUUGGCAAGGAUUACUGUUUAAGGAAACGCAACGCUUUAGAUCGAAAAAUCAUAGCAUAUAUGGUAUAGCUGCCAUACCAACUAACUGAUCAAAUCAAGUCUUGGUACGGAGAAUUUUCUAUAACAUGAUAACCUUAGUUCUUGGCUACGAUCUUGUAAAUACAUUGAUAACUACCUGUAGGUCACGUGCCUAAAUAAUAUCUUUCCGCAGUGCGGGCUCAUUAAGUACGCGUCUCCUCUAUAUUUAAAACCCCAAACAGGCAACUUGAGCAAAAAUUUUGAGCUUUCAAUCAUCUGUGUUUAAUCUUGUAUUCGAUUUCGUCGUUGAACAGCCUUUCUGCGGUUAAAACUCUUGUCCCUCUCGUAAGUUAGCAAAAACGUACUCCACAAGUAAGAAGCUCGGCCUAACUCUUAUCUAAGGUACUAAAGCCAAGCUCAUACAUAUAUAUAUAUAUAUAUAUGUAUACUAUAUAUAUGUAUAUACUAUAGCUGUUGUUGUCAUUGAACAAUUUGCAUAAAAGCGCAUUUGAAAUUGCAUUUCAAAUAAAAACUGCAGUGAGUACACAUCAUUAGAAGAGAUAAGUACAGGCCAAUUAUCUUGAAUCAAAUGGUUCGAGCGUCGAUCGACAAUUAUUUUGUAGCGUUUCGCUGGUGAUUGGUUCAAGAAAAAUAUAAAUUAUUAUUAAUGAAAAAUACUUGUAUUAAUAUGUAAAUUAUGUUUAAUGUUUAAUAAGUCCCUUAUAUUAACUGAAUAUGUUUUUGGACGGAGUGAGGAGUUAUGUAAAAAGCUAAUCGACGAUGAUAUGUUCAAGAAUGCAAUGAGUGUGGAUUCGGAGAAUCGCGAAACUGUUCUGAAAAAUUGUCGUCAUCGCGUCGUGGACUACUUUGAUCCUACAAGGCCGAUGCAACUCUAUUGCUUAAAUAUGGAUUUGAGAAUAUUAAACAGAUUGUAGAUCAAAAGUAUGAAGAUUUCUUCAAAGAUAUUGUGCAACAAAUUGAUGAUUAUGUGAAGGGGUUGACGUCGGAGCAGCAAACUCGAAUGACGGCACAAAAUCUGAAAGGGUGGUCAAGUAAAAUUAAAAGCGUCCCAACUCUAACAAGAUAAGAAAAGUUUUUUAGAAGUUGCAUGCGAUCUUAUUAUUUUGAAAGAGGUGUUUAGUUAAUCCCUAUAAAGUAAUGAUGAAAGCAAUAUUAUUAUAAUUAAGACAAGUCAAAUUACAAACCUCUGGCAAAAUCUAAUAAAAAGAAAUGUAUAAUUUUUGAA